AGGCUGUCACAGAGUCAGUGACCGGGCAGGGAGAGAGGAAGCAACCCCCAAAGCCUGAGCUCCAGCCUGGCCCAAGAUCUGCAGCUAUGAGCCUGUAUCUGAGGGUGAAGAUGAUCACUGGAGUGGAAUACUCAGUGAAGGCAGAAGGCCACCUCACUGUCACACAACUGAAGAAACGGAUCGCUGCGCAGGCCAGUGUGCCGACAUAUGCUCAGCGGCUGGUCACAGAAGGAGGGGAGCGACUGCUAAACAAGGAUCUCCUCUCCCAGUACAAGUUGAAGACUGGAGAUGUGCUGCUGCUGGUGGUGGAGCAAGACCAGUCCAUGGAUAUCCUGGUGCGGAGAGACACCACCCCCAACUCCUACUGCAUCCAACUGAGCCAGACUGUGGCCCAGCUCAAGCAGAUGGUACAGGAGAGGGAGAGGGUCAACGUGAACCAAUUCUGGCUCAGCUUUGAGGGGAAGCCCAUGGAGGACGAUGACCACUUGGGAGACCAUGGCCUCAGCCCGCUGUGCACCAUCCAGAUGAACCUGCGGCUUCGUGGAGGGGUUGGAGGGAAAGGAUCCUAGGGACCCACUGGUGUAGAAGGGAACGUAUGUGUGUAUUGGGGGGCCUUGUCAUUCUCUUGGCUCUUUGAUGUGACUUUCCUCUGGCUCUUGCGGUGGGAUGGAUAAAGUGUGGGGGUUUGAGAUUUGGGUUGAUGCUCCCCUAUUGACCUGCCAUUCCCCAUUCCCCUGGGUCUUGACUCCUCUCCUAGGUCCUGACCCUUGCCCUGGCAAGCUCCCUGUCUUGAGUGUCUGGAUCCAACUGUCAAUAAUGAAUGUUAAUAAAGGAGAAAACCUGC